AUGGAGAACAGCGAAUACGAAACUAUCGUGAACUACCUCACUAGAGGGGAGUAUCCUGCGGGCAUAUCUAAAGAACAAAAAAGAGCAAUUAGACGUAAAGUCGCAGAAAGAAGUGCAAACACUACCAAAAGUAACAAAUUUGUUGCGAAAGACGGGGUACUGUAUUACGUUGACAUGAGACCCGAUGGACUUGGGCUACGCGAAAGGAGAGUAGUACGGAUGGAGGAAAAAAUGGGAAUACUUCGAGAUUGUCACGAAGCUGAGAUUGGUGGGGGACACUUCAAGCGCGAUAAGACGUAUGGAAAAAUCUCGGAGAGAUUUUAUUGGCACGGCUUGAUGAGUGAUGUGAAACAGUAUGUAUCAACCUGUGAUGUCUGUCAGCGCGUAGAUGGUAAACUUGGGAAACAGCAUGCCGAGCUGCAUCCAAUACCUGUGUCAGAUGUGUGGAAACAAGUAAGUAUUCUGGUAAAUCUUAGUAUGCUGGUAAACCUUAGUAUUUUAGUAUACCUUAGUAUUACUAUUUAUAACUUAAUAUUUUUGCCACAGGUGGGUAUAGAUUUGAUUGGGCCACUCAAGACAAGCAAACAGGGAAACAGCUAGAUAGCCACCAUGACUGAUUACUUUUCUAAAUGGCCAGAAGCACAAGCCAUUCCCAACAAGAGUGCGAAGUGUGUUUCAGACUUCUUGUUUAAGAUGAUACUGCGAUACGGGUGUAUGGACAUCGUAAUCAGUGAUCAGGGGAGGGAAUUUGUAAACCAGGUACUGAAGAUUGUUUUGUAUAACAUGUCAUGUCAGAAUAAGCUGUAGUUUUUUACAGAACCUUUUUAUUAUUUUAUUAUUACAGGUAAACAACGAGCUCUUCGCUCGUACUGGUGUUGAUCACCGCAUUACCAGUGCGUAUCACCCCCAAACAAAUGGAUUGACUGAAAGGUUCAACCAGACUUUGGAAAAGUAAGCAUUUAGUAAUCAGUACAAUCACAUCUAAUUUUACAAAGUUUGUCUAAGAAUUUGAAAUAUAAUAGUAAAAUGUGUAUUUUUUGUGCGCAGUGCCAUAGUGAAAAUAAUCAACGAAGAUCAAGAUAACUGGGAAGACAACCUAGACAGCAUUCUGUUUUGUUAUCGGUCAUCUAAAAACGACUCCACAAAGUUUAGCCCAUUUUUUCUGAUGUAUGGUCGUGAACCAAAAUUGCCAAUGGAAUUAGCAGUGAAAGGAAGUCCUCGUUGUGACGACCAAGAUUCUACACAAGUCUCAUUGGACACCAAGGUCGAACAGCUCCUAAAAUUGAAGAAAUCGGUGCACGACUUGGCGAUGGAAAACAUACGAAAGGCGCAAGAUCGGCAAAAACGAAACUACGACAAAAAACACGACUCAACGAAGGUAUGCACGUAUAUGUAAUUAGGAAAAAGAUAUACUACAGGACCAAGUUUGUCUUGGAGUCAUGUUUUUCUAUAUAUUGUGUAGAUUGGCUUAGCUCAAAAUACUCGUUUUAAUAUUUAUAUUGUAUUGUUAUGCCUCGUUUUUCCAUAGCUUCUCAAAGUGGGCGAUUUGGUGCUUGUCAAAAACAUGCGUAAUCUGGAUAGAAAAGGGGGGAAAAUGGAUACCCGCUGGCUUGGCCCUUACAUGAUAACGGCACACGUUGGAAAAGGAAGAUAUAAACUGUUGAACCAAGAAUCUGGGAAACACCUAGCAAAGAUGAUCAACAGUUCCCGCCUUAAGAAGUAUAUUCAAAGGAACCCUGACGAAAAAUCGACUGAAACGCAAAGAAAGGAGAAAAUAAUCAUUCCAGAUGCGCCUAAAGAAGGUAAAUAUUCACGAUAAAUUAUUUCGUUUAAAGGAUUUCAGUGUUAAAAAUGAGUCAACUUCAUGCAAUUUUUGUGCCUUAGGCUAUUACGAGGUACAGAUUACUAACAGUUUAUUAGUAACAGUAUGCUAAAAAGCUGUUGGUAAUCGUGAUAAUUUCGGGCACCGUAAAACCGCAUGAAGCAAUUUGAGUAAUCAGUCUUCUUUUCUAUCAGAUACCAGAGCUGAUCAGAACGACGAGUGGAUCAAGGCUCUUGGUCUAAAGAAAAGUGAUCGAACUGAUAUACUCCAAAAAAGAAUGCUGAACGACAGAAUAGUAAACGGAGCUCAAAAGCUGAUCAAGAAAAAGUUUGCACUGGUCGGUGGCCUCCAGGAUCCUCUGCUUUCACAGUUAUCGUUCGAUCGGUGUACAAGUGAAGGAGUUCAAAUUCACAACACUGGGAAAAUCCACUGGAUAACAUCAUCAUCUAUUGGAGGGCAGCCAGUAAGUGUCUACGAUAGCCUAUACGAUGACUUAACCGAAUCAAGCGAGAAACAAUUAGCGCAAUGCUAUCACAAUUGCAUCGACCAGGCAGGCCAGCUGCACAUUGAAAUGGCUUCAUUCCAGAAGCAGAAAGGAUCCACCGAUUGUGGUCUAUUUGCUAUUGCAAGUGCAUAUGAACUAGCAAGUGGAAAUAUCCAUUUUAAUUACGAAGGAUUGUUCGACCAGUCAGCAAUGAGAAAACAUCUGGUCGAUUGCCUGGAAAAGGAAGACAUCUCGUCGUUCCCUCGUGCUCGAAAAACGACUGCAGUAGUCAACAACAACGAAAAACUGUUAAUAAUACAAACACAUUGUGCUUGUCAAUUGCCAGAGUAUGGCGACAUGGUGCAGUGUGAUCUUUGUAACAUGUGGUACCAUCUAACAUGUACCAAUUUAAGCCAAACUCCUGAUGAAGAUGAGGAAUGGUUUUGCGAGUCAUGCGCGCCGCUUUGCUAA